GUGGGCACACACAUAUGCGCUCACACACGCACGUUGGCACACACAUUUUGUGGAGAGAGCUGGCCUGUCCAUUCGUUUUUUUGCUGCAGCCGAGACCAGAUGGAGCACCGGUGAGCUACCCACUACACAGACCAGGGUGUUAAGAUGGAGCGGAUAUGUUUGAUCCUCCUGCUGAUGAGUAGGACCACUUCAGUAUUGGCACAGUUUAAUGGAUACAACUGUGAUGCCAACUACCACAGUAGGUUUCCCGCGGAGCGCGACAUCAGCGUGUACUGCGGGGUUCAGACCAUGACCCUGAAGAUUAACUUCUGCCCGGUGCUGUUCUCCGGCUACACCGUUGCAGACCUUGCGCUCAAUGGUCGCCAUGGCGAUACCCACUGCCGGGGCUUCAUCAAUAACAACACGUUCCCCACGGCAGUACUGUUCAGCAUCAGCCUCAGCACACUGGAGGCCUGCGGCAAUAGCCUGGUGGUGACAACAGCUUACGGGGCUAAUGCCUACGGGAACAUGUCGCUGGUGCAGAUUGGUAAUAUCUCAGGGUACAUCGACACUCCAGACCCACCAUCCAUCAUCAGCUAUCUGCCCGGCCUGCUGUACAAAUUCAGCUGCAGCUACCCCCUGGAAUACCUGGUCAACAACUCACAGCUGGCAUCGUCAUCAGCUGCAAUAUCAGUGAAGGACAGCAACGGUACCUUUGUGAGCACAUUGAGUAUGGUCCUUUACAAUGACUCAACCUACAACCAACAACUCUCUAUCCCAAUGGCCGGACUGGCUUUGAAAACCCGAGUGUUUUCUGCAGUGAAAGCCACAAACCUGGACAAACGAUGGAAUAUCUUGAUGGACUACUGUUACACCACUCCCUCAGGGAAUCCCAAUGAUGAACUGCGCUACGACCUUUUCUUUGGCUGCCAUAAAGACCCACAGACGACUGUUUUUGAGAAUGGGAAGAGUCAGAUGGGUCGUUUUGCCUUCGAAGUGUUCCGUUUUGUCAAACACAGACACCAGAAGAUGUCCACUGUGUUUCUGCACUGUGUCACCAAGCUGUGUCGGGUAGAUGACUGUGUCCUGCUCAUGCCGAUCUGUGGCCGUCGGCGUAGGAGGGACGUAGAGGAUAGCCUGGAGUCUAGGCCGUCGCCUGGGGAUGCAAUCAUCACUGCUGGACCCAUCAUUACCAGGAUUGAUGAAACUCCAAUGAAUAACUCACAACUCGCUGCAUCGAGUGGCCCCUCCCUCCCGUUGAACCCAGUGACCAGUGCUCUGCUGUCAGGUGUGGUCAUUCUGGGCGUGUUCAGUCUGGGCUUCUUCCUGCUCUCGCUCCGCCUCCUCCGCAGACCCCACCUCCCUACAGCCACACCCUCAGGAGCAUGGAACCCUGGCUUCAAAUAAACCUCUCAUGGGUGUUCUCUCUCUCUCUCUCUCUCUCUCUCUCU